AGCUGAUUACACUCCUGUUCCUUGUUAUAUCUGUGCAGUGGUUUUCCCAGACCAAGACUUCCUUGCAUUCACAAAAGUACACAGUUGCGCGCGCGCUCAGUGCAAACCCGAAAAAAGUCCCAGCACAACAGAACAUUUACAUCUGGUGCAGAGAUCACCAUAUUUUAGCACGGGGGAAAGUAACAUAAUUGGCUUAUCGAUAGGCUUGAUGCGUUUAUUUUGUUAUGUCUUUGACCUACUGCUACAUUAGAAAAUGGCGGAGUCGGAUGGUGGGGAUUUCGCCUCGAAUCGUCCGCAGAACAGGUGAGGAUGACACUCGUGGUGAAAUCAAUAUGGGAAAACUGUAUGUAGACCAAAAGGCAGCCAGAGAUAAAUGGGCAUGUGAUAGGCCUACAUGACAUCCAGGAGAACAUACCGGUAUGGCUAACCAGAAUAGCACCCUGCGUUGCACGUUCUCAGCCCCAAGCCAUAGCGCCACUCUCCUGCAGGGCUUGUCGGUCCUGCGAGUCCAGGGGCAGCUCCUGGAUGUGGUGCUGGCCAUCAAUGAGGAGCGCUUCCAGGUUCACAAGGCAGUGCUGGCCUCCUGCAGUGACUACUUCAGAGCCAUGUUCACCGGAGGCAUGAGGGAGUCAAACAAGGACACCAUUGAGCUGAAGGGCUUGUCCGCCCGCGGCCUGAAACACAUAAUUGACUUUGCUUACAGCGCAGACGUCACACUUGACCUGGACUGCAUUCAGGAUGUACUGGGAGCAGCUGUCUUUCUCCAGAUGGUCCCAGUCGUGGAGCUCUGUGAGGAGUUCCUCAAGUCGGCCAUGAGCGUAGAGACCUGCCUGAACAUUGGCCAGAUGGCCACCACCUUCAACCUGUCCUCCCUCAAAGAGUCUGUGGACACCUUUACCUUCCGCCACUUCCUGCAGAUCGCGGAGGAGGAGGACUUCCUGCACAUUCCCAUGGAGCGCCUGGUCUUCUUCCUGCAGAGCAACAAGCUGAAGAACUGCAGCGAGAUCGACCUGUUCCACGCUGCCAUCCGCUGGCUGCAGCACGACGAGGCCCGCCGGGCCGGAGCCAACAAAGUGCUCUGCCAUGUUCGAUUCCCCCUCAUGCGCUCCUCGGAGCUGGUGGACAGCGUGCAGACGGUGGACAUCAUGGUAGAGGACGUGCUGUGCAGGCAGUACCUCCUGGAGGCCUUCAACUUCCAGAUCCUCCCCUUUCGUCAGCACGAGAUGCAGUCCCCUCGGACCAUGAUCCGCUCCGAAGUAGUUUCGCUCAUUACCUUUGGUGGGACACCCUACACUGACAAUGAUCGUACUGUGAGCAGUAAGGUGUUCUAUCUUCCAGACAUUGCAGCGCGUCAGUUCAAGGAACUAACGGAGGCGGAGACAGGUUCCAGCCACGCCUGUGUAUCGGUGCUGGACAACUUUGUUUACGUAGUAGGCGGGCAGCACCUGCAGUACCGCAGCGGCGAAGGGGCGGUGAACAUCUGCUUCCGCUAUGACCCGCACCUGAGCCAAUGGCUGCGCAUCCAGCCGAUGCAGGAGGGGCGUAUUCAGUUCCAGCUCAACGUUCUUCAAGGACAACUCUACGCCACUGGGGGGCGCAAUCGAUCUGGAAGUCUGUCGUCCGUAGAGUGCUACUGUCCCAAGAAAAAUGAGUGGACCUACGUGGAACCACUGAAACGCAGAAUCUGGGGCCAUGCAGGAACUCCCUGUGGUGACAAGCUUUACAUCUCAGGGGGUUACGGUGUCUCGGUGGACGAUAAGAAAGCCCUGCACUGUUAUGAUCCCACAUCUGACCAAUGGGACUUCAAAUCGCCCAUGAACGAGCCCAGAGUGCUUCAUGCUAUGAUCAGCGCCAAAGACCGUGUUUACUGCCUGGGCGGUCGUAUGGACCACGUGGACCGCUGCUUUGACGUCCUGGUGGUUGAGUAUUAUAUUCCAGAGAAUGACCAGUGGACCACUGUUAGCCCCAUGCGAGCAGGACAAUCUGAGGCAGGCUGCUGCUUGUUGGACAAAAAGAUCUAUAUCGUUGGAGGGUACAAUUGGCAUCUAAACAAUGUCACAAGCAUCGUGCAAGUGUACAACACAGAGGCUGAUGAGUGGGAGAGGGACUUGCACUUCCCUGAGUCUUUUGCAGGAAUUGCGUGUACGCCGAUCAUACUUCCACAAACCACCACGCAACGGUAAUCCCUCCGCCCAAAGUGACUGUGACAAUUUGAUUCCAUGGGUGAUUCCUCAUGAAACCGAAAACCCCCAAAAUACCAUGAUUUGGGGGAUUUUCAGUCAAUUUAAUCCACAGAAGGGUCCUUUGGAAGAAGGAUGGAUGACACAUACAGUGCCUUCAGAAAGUAUUCACACCCCUUGACUUUUUCCACAACUUGUUGUGUUACUGCCUGAAUUUAAAAUUGAUUCAAUUUGGAUUUUGUGUCACUGGCCUACACACAAUACCCCGUAAUGUUAAAGUGGAAUUAUGUUUUUAGAAAUGUUUACAAAUGAACAAAAACCUGAAAUAUCUUGAGUCAAUAAGUAGUCAACCCCUUUGUUAUGGCAGUUGCAUGUACUCACUCUGUGCGAUAAUAGUGUUUAUCAUGAUUUUCGAACGACUACCUCAUCUCUGUACCCCACACAUACAAUUAUCCAUAAGGUUCUUCAGUCGAGCAGUGAAUUUCAAACAGAGAUUCAACCACAAAUGCCAGGGAGGUUUUCCAAUGCCUCGCAAAGAAGGGCACCUAUUUGUAGGAAAAAAAGCAGACAUUGAAUAUCCCUUUCAGUUAGCUCUAAGGCAGACAUUGAAUAUCCCUUUGAGCA